AAGAACAGGAGGGGAGAUCAUUUGAGCGAUAUAGUGGUAACUUUCUCUAUCUUUCACUCGCUGUUUAUCCUAACGGUUGAAUAUUGAAAUCAUAUUUACAGGUGAAUGCAAGCAAGGAUGACGAUGCCGCAUGUAGGGGCAGUAUUUGCUACAAUAGCAGGACUGAUGGCCAUCCUGUUACACUCCUCCAUUCACAAGAUAGAGGAAGGACACCUUGCCGUGUACUACAGGGGUGGAGCUUUACUGACAAUUCCCAAUGGCCCUGGAUAUCAUAUUAUGCUGCCUUUCAUUACCACCUACAGAUCGGUGCAGACUACUCUCCAAACUGAUGAGAUCAAGAAUGUGCCUUGUGGAACAAGCGGUGGUGUGAUGAUCUAUUUUGACAGGAUAGAGGUUGUCAACAUGCUCGUCCCAACAGCAGUUGUGGAUAUUGUGAGGAACUACACUGCUGAUUAUGACAAAACUCUAAUUUUCAACAAGAUUCACCACGAACUGAAUCAGUUCUGCAGUGUGCACACACUACAGGAGGUCUACAUUGAGUUGUUUGACAUCAUAGAUGAGAACUUGAAGACGGCCCUGCAGAAAGAUCUUAACUCUAUGGCCCCGGGACUCACAAUACAGGCAGUCCGUGUUACCAAGCCAAAGAUCCCAGAGUCUAUCAGGAGGAACUUUGAACUCAUGGAAGCGGAGAAGACUCGUCUGUUGAUAACGGCUCAGACUCAGAAGGUGGUGGAAAAGGAGGCGGAGACUGAGAGGAAGAAGGCCAUCAUAGAGGCUCAGAAAGUGGCCCAGGUGGCAGAGAUCCACUUCCAACAGAAAGUGAUGGAGAAAGAGACGGAGAAGAGGAUCUCUGGAAUAGAGGAUGCUGCCUUCCUGGCGAGGGAGAAGGCGAAAGCUGAUGCAGAAUAUUACACUGCUGCCAAGUCUGCUGAAGCAAACCGGUUGAAGUUAACCCCAGAAUACCUGCAGCUGAUGAAGUACCAGGCCAUAGCAGCUAAUAGUAAGAUCUACUUCGGCCAGGACAUCCCCAACAUGUUUGUGGAAGGAACAAAUAGCCCUCAGAAGUCUGCACGCUCCACUCAUCAGUCCAAAACUGAACCAAACCAGCUUAAAGAGAAGCAAGACGGGCAGUGAGUCCGCAGCUCAGCCCCCUGCGCAGGACAGGACAACCUGUUGAGGACUUGUCUUGUUUGAGAGGUAGAGAGUGCUGAGCUUAAGAUGACAGGUGGGAUAGCUUUACAGCUGGUUUGGUGAACAGCACACUUCAGUCUUAAAUCUAUGUGGCAAAGAGAGAAAAUGUAAGGAUUUAAGGACAAGGAUGAGCAGAAGUGAGGGGCAGAAAGGACUAGAUAAAAGGGAAUGUUUUUGUUUUUUCAUCUUCCACUCUUUGAAAAAUUCUUUUUUUUUUUUUAGGAAUGAGAAAGAUGCCAUAGUUUAAAAUCAAAAGCAUAUAAAAUGCUUAAUGCCUGCAAGGCGACAGCAAGUAGUCGCCCUAAUCUACAUGUGCUUGCAAUCAGUGCGGUGUUUAACUUUGCUUUUGGAUCUGCAUUAAUUUUUGUUUGUUGUAUGCAAGAGGAGUGAUUUGUGCUAAAAAAGAUUUUUUACUCUGAUUAAUUAAUUUCUGGUUUAGCCAAACUGGAAUCUAACAGGUGACACUAAUUAUACGCAGGAUGGCUUGUACAAGUGUCCGUAAGGUGGGACGGUUAAUCUCUGUGCCAUUAUUUUCUCUCACAUUGAAUCACUUCUGAACACCAAUCAGUGCGAGGACUGUUUAAUAAAAUGCUGCUGGUGGGUGAUCGUAUUAUAGUCAGGUGUUUGCAGCUUCUUCUUUUUUUUAAAAGAUUUUUUCCGGCAUAGACGCCUUUAUUUAGCAGUAGACAAACAGGAAACAUGGGACAGAGAGGGGGGUGUGACAUGCAGCAAAGGACCUCCAGCCAGGAUUUGAACAGGGGUCGGCUGCAUACAUGGCAUGCACUCUAACCACCGAAACCACUCGACCACCUGCGCGCCCGGUCUUUGCUGCUUUUUAAAUGUGGUGAUUGUAAGAGAGUCAUUCAUUAUAUGGAGCACACCCACCCACCCACCCACCUUCACAGUCAUAGCUUUCUCGAAGCAAAUUGCCUGAUUUAGUUAAACGUUCACCCAAGCCUGCGUAAAGAGAGAUACAGUAUGUUUUUACAGACACUCAAAAGUUGAAUGGCUGUCUCAGUAUGUUCAUUUUCUAUAGUUAAUAUUUAGUGGCGUCAGAUUGGUAGUGAUGUGGUUUAUUUUCUGUUAGACUGGUGAUAGUUUGGUGUUGUUAGUUGUGGAAAGAGCAGCCACAUGGGACAGAUUUUAAACGCUGCACUGACAUCUUGUGUGGCAUUUACUAUCAAACCACCUGAGAGAGAGAAAAGAAAGUUUGAGUGCUGCUAAAAGAAAAUCUGCUUUUUUAAUUCUAAAAGCAAAUUUAAGUUGACUUAUUACACUGAGAAGCGUAAUAAUAAGUGGGUCUGUACACAGGAGGAAGUUGUGCUUUUUAUAUACUCCUCACUAUGAAGUCAACUACAUCUUUGAAAUCAUCUAUCUUGUUCUGAUUAUCAGAGCCGUGCAUGUGGAAACGUAUAGUGGCUUGAUUGAGAUGAUUAGUAGUGCCUGUAACUGUAUCUGCCAACUCUUUUGUUUUAGAGCUUAUUGCGACGUGGUUAAAUGUUAAUUCUCAGGAAAUUGACUUUUUAUUUUAAAGGAUAGGUUCACAAUUUUUCGAGUUUGCUUGUUGUAAUCAUUCCCCGUGUUCACACUGGCUGUUAAGAGAUCCCCCCCCCCAGGACAGCUGCUCAUUGUUGGACAGAGCUUAUUGAGCAAGAAAAUGUUUGAACAUUGGCGUAAAUUGUGUUUAUUGGAGUCUGAGAAGUAAAUCUGGUGAUACCAAUGUGGGAAAAGUGAGGUCGUGAAACAAGAAAAGAACAAUGUGAUUUGACGAUAUAAAAGCUUAUUUUAAAAUCUGCUUAUGAAAAAAAAAUUAAACACAUUCAACUAAGGUGACGUUUUUAUUGCUACAUCACUAUUUUAUUGCACCAUUUAUUUACAGCAGAUGUCAGAUGUUGAAUAUUAUGAGGACGGUCAACGAGGAAAUGGUACAAGCGAAGUUCUGCCCUACUCUAAAUGUUUACAUUUUCUGCACUUCAAGAAUGAACAGACUGCGAAGUAUUUCAGUCUUUACUAAACAAGAUCACUCGAAGGAUUUGUCAGCACACAGCUCCUAAUUAAAAUAAUAUCUCACACUUCAUGAGAGUUUGUUUAACCUCCUGAUUUAGUUUUGUGUGAUGACGUGAGUUCCAGCAGUGCACAAAAACAAGCUUUCUCCUUUUUUUUUUCUUUUUUUUUAAAGAUGAAUGUCGAUAAUGCUCGAGCUAAAACAAGAUGGUGCUAGUUUUAUUGUGUGCGAAGCUUUUUGAUUUUGUUCAGCUUUGUUUUCAAAAACAAAGAAAUACUUCCAAUAUUCAGAUUCAAGCCUUAAAUAUUGAAGGGACACUCAAGGUUUAAAGUGAUUCUUGUCAUGUGAUAGGUCUUGAGAGUGUGCACAGAAACACUGCACGGCCUCACCGUAGACUCCGGCUGAGACAGUCACAACUAGCGGCGGACACUACUCGUGUUUGAAAGGCAGCCUGAUGUUUUACUUGACCUCUGAAUGGCAGUUUAACAGCUGCACUCUUCAUUUACUUGGUGAUGGGUUCAAAUAAUGAUGCAAAAGAGGUGUAUGAAUCACUCAUGAAAUUUUUUUUGUCAAUAUUUUGUACAAUCUGUGAAAUUUAAACAUUGUCUUUUUGUUUUAAAAGGUUUAUAUGCAAAAUGUUUUCAAGUUUUGACAAUGUUCUUAUGUAAAAUAAAACCUAUUUUGGUA